AUUCUUCUCUAAAUUAUUUAUAAAAAAAUACACGAAGAAAUGGAGGGGGACGGGCAGUGUGGAUCUGUGUCGGCCCUUGUCGUGUCUCUCUCAAAGUGUCGGUGUGUGAAUUAAAGCUUUUAUAGUCUACUAGGCCAUAAUUAUUUGUGUGUGGCAUCAUCAGAACUCCAUUGGUCAUCAAUGGAGGGGCGCCUUUAAAAAUAGCUGCUUUCAAGAUUUUGUGACCAGGGAUAGAGCAUUUUGCUUGCUUAAAGGGGCAGUAAUGGAUCUAGAAGGAGAUGAUGCUGCCGGGCCAAAAAAAAUCCAGGUCUGCCAGAUCUGCAGUGAUGAUAUUGGCAAGACUAUAGAUGGAGAGCCCUUUGUUGCUUGCCAUGUAUGUGCAUUUCCAGUUUGCCGUCCAUGUUAUGAGUAUGAGAGGAAAGAUGGUAACCAGUCCUGUCCUCAAUGCAAGACCAAAUACAAGAGGCAUAAAGGAAGCCCUCCAAUUCAAGGGGAAGAAAUGGGAGAUGCUGAUUCUGAAGAUGUAGGAAACAAGUCAAACCAUCACAUAUCAGGCGUUCAAGAUGAGAAGCAAAAGAUAGAACGUAUGCUGGGUUGGGAUUCGAGUUCUGGUCGGAAAGAGCAUCUUGCAACCACAAACUAUGACAAAGAUGGUUCUCUUAACCAUAUUCCUUAUCUGGCUGGUAGACGUUCGGUUUCCGGGGAUCUUUCAGCUGCAUCUCCUGAGCGUUACUCAAUGGCUUCUCCUGAAAGUGGCAUCAGAGCAAAUAUAAGGGUGGUGGAUCCAACAAGGGAUUCUGGCUCAUUGGGGUUUGGCAAUGUAGCCUGGAGAGAGAGGAUUGAUGGUUGGAAGAUGAAGCCAGAGAAGAAUACUGCUCCGAUGAGUGUUAGUAAUGCACCAUCUGAAGGCAGGGGUGGCGGAGAUUUUGAUGCCAGCACUGAUGUACUCAUGGAUGAUUCUUUACUAAAUGAUGAAGCCCGCCAGCCUCUCUCAAGGAAGGUUUCUAUUCCUUCCUCUAGGAUUAACCCUUACAGGAUGGUCAUAGUUUUGCGGCUUGUUGUCCUUUGCAUUUUCUUACACUACCGUUUAACAAAUCCAGUGAGGAAUGCUUACGCUUUGUGGCUAAUAUCCGUUAUCUGUGAGAUAUGGUUUGCAAUAUCAUGGAUAUUGGAUCAGUUCCCUAAAUGGCUUCCUGUGAACCGUGAGACAUAUCUUGACAGGCUAUCUCUCAGAUAUGAGAAAGAAGGAGAGCCGUCUCAGUUGGCUGCUGUUGACAUUUUUGUCAGUACAGUCGACCCUUUAAAGGAACCUCCACUGGUCACAGCCAAUACAGUACUAUCUAUUCUUGCAGUUGAUUACCCAGUCGACAAAGUCUCUUGUUAUGUUUCAGAUGAUGGAGCUGCUAUGUUGACAUUUGAAACUAUGUCUGAAACGUCUGAAUUUGCAAGAAAAUGGGUUCCUUUCUGCAAGAGAUAUGAUAUUGAGCCCCGAGCUCCAGAAUGGUACUUUUCACAGAAGAUUGACUACUUAAAAGACAAGGUUCAUCCAUCAUUUGUCAAAGAACGCAGAGCUAUGAAGAGAGAAUAUGAAGAAUUUAAAGUUCGUGUCAAUGGGCUUGUUGCAAAGGCACAAAAGGUUCCUGAUGAAGGAUGGGUCAUGCAAGAUGGUACACCUUGGCCUGGAAAUAACAUCAGAGAUCAUCCAGGAAUGAUCCAGGUUUUCUUGGGCCAUAGUGGAGGACUUGAUACUGAGGGUAAUGAACUUCCACGGCUGGUGUAUGUGUCUCGUGAGAAGCGUCCUGGUUUUCAGCAUCAUAAGAAAGCUGGUGCUAUGAAUGCACUUGUUCGUGUUUCAGCAGUCCUCACCAAUGGGCCCUUCUUGUUAAAUCUUGAUUGUGAUCAUUACAUAAACAACAGCAAGGCAUUGAGAGAAGCUAUGUGUUUUCUAAUGGAUCCUAAUCUUGGAAGAACAGUUUGUUAUGUCCAGUUUCCUCAGAGAUUUGAUGGGAUUGAUAGAAAUGAUCGAUAUGCCAACCGUAACACUGUUUUCUUUGAUAUAAAUUUAAGAGGAUUGGAUGGAAUCCAAGGCCCUGUAUACGUGGGUACAGGGUGUGUUUUCAAUAGAACGGCCUUGUAUGGCUAUGAGCCUCCUCUCAAGCCUAAGCAUAAGAAACCAGGGUUUCUGUCUUCAUGCUUUGGUGGAUCACGAAAGAAGAGUUCUAGAUCGGGUAGAAAGGAUAGUAAGAAAAAAUCAAGCAAGCUUGUAGACCCUACUUUGCCGGUAUUCAAUUUAGAAGAUAUAGAAGAAGGGGUUGAAGGUACUGGAUUCGAUGAUGAAAAAUCAUUGCUCAUGUCUCAAAUGACACUUGAGAAAAGAUUUGGCCAAUCAACUGUGUUUGUUGCUUCCACCCUUAUGGAGAACGGUGGUGUUCCGGAGUCCGCCACCCCAGAGUCUCUUCUCAAAGAAGCUAUUCAUGUCAUCAGCUGUGGAUAUGAAGACAAGACAGACUGGGGAAGUGAAAUAGGAUGGAUAUAUGGUUCUGUUACGGAAGAUAUCCUUACAGGAUUCAAGAUGCAUGCUCGUGGUUGGAGAUCAAUAUAUUGCAUGCCGAAGCGUCCUGCCUUUAAAGGAUCUGCUCCCAUUAAUCUUUCUGAUCGUCUAAAUCAAGUGCUUCGGUGGGCUUUAGGUUCAGUUGAAAUUCUUCUCAGUCGUCACUGCCCCAUAUGGUAUGGCUAUAGUGGAAGGCUAAAAUGGCUCGAGAGAUUUGCUUACAUCAACACCACCAUUUAUCCAAUCACAUCCAUUCCUCUUCUUGCCUAUUGUACAUUGCCCGCCGUGUGCCUUCUUACGGGAAAGUUCAUUAUUCCACAGAUUAGUAACAUUGCCAGUAUCUGGUUCAUAUCCCUCUUUCUUUCAAUCUUUGCAACCGGUAUUUUGGAAAUGAGAUGGAGUGGUGUUGGGAUCGAUGAAUGGUGGAGGAAUGAACAGUUCUGGGUUAUUGGAGGUGUGUCAGCUCAUCUCUUUGCUGUCUUCCAAGGCCUGCUGAAAGUCCUUGCUGGAAUAGAUACAAAUUUUACUGUCACUUCAAAAGCAUCUGAUGAAGAUGGUGAUUUUACCGAGCUAUAUAUGUUCAAAUGGACCACUUUACUUAUCCCACCAACUACUCUCCUCAUAAUCAAUCUGGUUGGAGUGGUUGCAGGAGUCUCUUACGCCAUAAACAGUGGUUAUCAAUCUUGGGGUCCUCUCUUUGGCAAGCUUUUCUUUGCUUUCUGGGUGAUUAUUCAUCUUUAUCCUUUCCUCAAGGGUCUGAUGGGACGCCAAAACCGAACACCUACGAUUGUUGUGGUGUGGUCAGUUCUCCUUGCUUCUAUCUUCUCCUUAUUGUGGGUACGUGUUGACCCUUUUACAACCAAGGUGACUGGACCAGACGUUACGCAGUGUGGCAUCAACUGCUAGAGGAACAGAAUCGUAACCAGAAGGAAUAAAUUUUCCUGAAGAUUUAUGCAGAUAUCCUCAAUCGGAAAAUCAUCACCUUUUGCUCGGGUCUAAAUAACCGGACCAGAAAAUAAUAUAGGUUCAUUUCUGUGUUAUUCUUUACAUUUUUUUGUUUUUUCUCCUUCAUUUUUUCAACAAGUUCUUUAGUCUCUUGAGUCGAUUCACCUCAUAAGCUUGUAAUCCCAAUCCCAAAGUAUUUGGCCUCUAGAAAUGAUACUGUUCAUCUCCUCCAUGCAUGUUGUAUGGGAUAAUUUCUUAAACUUGUAUGGCACAAAUACCCUUUGCUUUAUCGUCCUAAAA